AUGGGUUGGUUCGACAGAGACAGCGAGCAGGGUGACGCCUACGGCCAGCUUUCGGAGUUCACGGCCGGCUCGGAGGUCACCGAGGAGCACAAGGCCAAGUUUAGCCACGAGUUCAUUGGCGGUGCUGCUGCCUACGAGGCCAUGAAGGCCUACGAGGAGCACCAGGCUAAGAACGGCAAGCCCGAGAGCCACGCCCAGGCCAAGGAGAUCCUCGCCGGUCUCGCCGGUGCCUUCAUCGACCGUGAGGUUGAGACCAAGGGUCUUGACUUCGUCGACCGUGAGCGUGCCAAGCGCCACGCUCGCCAGCAGCUCGAGGAGGCCUCCGCCCAGGACUUCUAA